AUGAAAGUUUCUUCCACGAGUCCAACAAAACGAGUUAGUACAAGUAGUAAGGACAUGCAAAAAAAUGUUGCUGUAAAAAGUCCUUCGUCUACACAUCAUAAGCAUAUAUCGCUACCAUUCGACAGUCAACAUUACUCUACUAAUUGGAAACAACUGUUGAGUAGCUUGCCCAAAAGAUCUGAUAAAGUCUUUACACAUAAGAAUCCAUCAAAUUCAUUAACAUCAAAGGAUAACCGUUUGUACAGAAAAAAAUUUCUGCAGAAUGAGAAAAAAAACACCCAAAUUUGGUUUGAUGACAUUGAUAAAACAUUUAUAGAAUUGGAAUCUAACAAUGCAAAAUCUUCUAUACUGAGCCAAAAUUCUGACAAACCAAAACCAACUACUAUCAAUUUUGUGCCAAAGGAACAUUCAACUGUUGCUAACAGAUCUUCGGAAUAUAUUGCACUGGAUUGUGAAAUGGUUGGUACAGGUGAUAAUGGGAAAGAUAACAUGCUAGCACGAGUUUCCCUUGUGAACCAGCAUGGCUGUUGUGUGUAUGACAAGUUUGUUAAACCCAGAGAAUCCAUAACAGAUUACAGAACAGCAGUCAGUGGCAUUACACCAGAAAAGGUAGAAAAUGGAGAGAGUAGUAGAGGCUCUGGCCUUACAGAGUUACCUUUUCUAUCAUUUUCUUUUCUACAUUUGAUUAGCAAUGGCAGUUCCCUGAUCUAUCCUGUUGUAUUCAGCUGCCUUUGA